CAACACGGUUGAAAUCAGACGCGAAGACUGAAAGAGAAGCACCUUCUAUUCUAUCAUCGUUUCACGGUAUCAGUUAGGGUUUACCCUGUCUCUGUAGUCUGUACGCUCUUUCUCCCCAAAGCUAUGUCAUGAUCUAAUUGAAUUCUCCAAACCCUAUCAAAAAUCACCUCUGUUCAAAACCUAAAUAAAUGUCAACAACUCUCCCUCCCAUGGAGUGUUUGCAUGUAACUGAAGAAUUUCUCCGCGAAUUAAAGAGCGGAAACCGUAGCUUCCGUCUCCCUCACCCUGUACCUAUUCUUCGAUUUCUCUACGAGCUAUCCUGGACCUUGGUUCGAGGAGAAUUGCAGUUUCAGAAGUGCAAAGCUGCUUUGGAUUCUGUAGAGUUUGUUGAUAAAAUGUCUGCUGUAGGGUUGGGUUCGAAUUUCGCUGAUAUCAUUGCUCAAGUGGCUCAAGAUCUUACAAUGUCUGGAGAGUACCGAUCUCGUCUUGUAAAGCUGGCAAAAUGGCUAGUUGAAUCUGCGUUGGUCCCAUUGAGGUUUUUCCAAGAGCGUUGUGAGGAGGAAUUUUUAUGGGAAGCUGAAAUGAUAAAGAUAAAGGCUCAAGACUUGAAGGGCAAAGAGGUCAGGGUAAAUACUCGCCUUCUUUAUCAGCAAACAAAAUUUAACCUUCUCCGUGAAGAGAGUGAGGGCUAUGCCAAACUGAUUACUCUUCUCUGUCGAGGUUCUGAAGAUACAGCUGAAAAUACAUCAGCAGCGACAAUAGGCAUCAUUAAGUCAUUGAUCGGUCAUUUUGAUCUGGACCCAAAUCGUGUUUUCGACAUUGUUUUAGAGUGUUUUGAACUUCAGCCUGAUAGCAAUGUCUUUUUGGAACUGAUUCCCAUAUUUCCUAAGUCGCAUGCAUCACAAAUUCUUGGUUUUAAGUUUCAGUAUUAUCAGCGAAUGGAAUUAAAUAGCCCUGUACCAUUUGGGCUCUUUAAGCUUACAGCCUUACUAGUGAAGGAAGAGUUCAUUGAUCUUGAUAGUAUAUGUGCACAUUUACUCCCUAAGGAUGAUGAGGCUUUUGAGCAUUAUAACACGUUUUCUUCCAAACGAUUGGAUGCGGCCUACAAAAUUGGAAAAAUAAAUCUGGCUGCUACUGGAAAGGACCUCAUGGAUGAUGAGAAGCAAGGAGAUGUGACAGUAGAUCUUUUUGUUGCCUUAGACAUGGAAACUGAGGCAGAAGCUGAACGAUUCUCUGAUGUUGAAAAAAAUCAAACUUUGGGCUUGCUGACUGGUUUCCUUUCUGUGGAUGACUGGUAUCAUGCCCAUAUACUUUUCGAACGUCUCUCUCCUCUAAAUCCUGUUGCACAUACUCAAAUAUGUGGUGGCUUGUUUAGGCUCAUUGAAAAGACAAUCUCAUUAGCAUAUAAUAUUAUUCGUCAACCACAUGUUCAAAAUUGUGGGUCUUCAGCAGUUGCUGGUAUUGAUGCCAUGGAUGCGACAAGUUCUUCUGGCCAUGUCUCUUUAAUUGAUCUUCCUAAAGAAUUCUUUCAGAUGCUUGUAACAGUUGGACCUUAUCUUUACCGUGAUACGUUAUUGCUGCAGAAGGUUUGUAGAGUGUUAAGAGGUUACUAUAUGUCUGCACUUGAGCUUGCAGAUAGUGGUGAUGGAGCUCUAAAUGGUGAAUCUCUUAUUCCUAGAAAUCGAGUUCUUCGUUUGCACAUAAGGGAAGGUAGGUCAAAGGUUGAGGAAGCCCUGGGAGCAUGUUUACUUCCUUCUUUACAGUUGGUACCUGCAAAUCCAGCAGCUGGGCAGGAGAUCUGGGAAGUAAUGUGUCUCCUUCCAUAUGAGGUGCGAUAUCGUUUAUACGGUGAAUGGGAAAAAGAUGAUGAGCGGAAUCCAAUGGUUUUGGCUGCAAGGCAAACAGCCAAGUUGGAUACUAGAAGGAUAUUGAAAAGGCUUGCAAAGGAAAAUUUGAAGCAGCUGGGUAGGAUGGUUGCAAAAUUAGCUCAUUCUAACCCGAUGACUGUCCUUCGAACUAUUGUUCAUCAGAUUGAGGCAUACAGGGAUAUGAUCACUCCUGUUGUGGAUGCUUUCAAGUAUUUGACACAGCUUGAGUAUGAUAUCUUGGAAUAUGUUGUAAUUGAGCGGUUAGCACAAGUUGGUCGUGAUAAGCUGAAGGAUGAUGGCCUUAAUUUGUCAGACUGGCUUCAAUCACUGGCUUCAUUCUGGGGUCACCUGUGUAAGAAGUACCCGUCUAUGGAAUUGAGAGGCCUUUUCCAGUAUUUGGUGAACCAGUUGAAAAAGGGCCAGGGGAUUGAGCUUGUUCUUCUGCAGGAGCUUGUUCAACAAAUGGCAAACGUUCAAUACACAGAAAACUUAACAGAGGAACAGUUGGAUGCCAUGGCUGGGAGUGAGACACUUCGGUAUCAAGCUACUUCUUUUGGAGUAACAAGGAAUAACAAGGCGUUGUUCAAAUCUACUAACAGGCUACGAGACUCCUUGCUUCCUAAGGAUGAACCAAAGCUAGCAAUACCCCUUUUGUUACUUAUUGCUCAACAUCGAUCUGUGGUUGUCAUAAAUGCAGAUGCUCCUUACAUUAAAAUGGUCAGUGAGCAGUUUGAUAGGUGUCAUGGAACUCUUCUUCAAUACGUGGAAUUCCUCUGUGGUGCUGUGACACCACCCUCUGCAUAUGCUCAGUUGAUUCCCUCUCUUGAUGAUCUUGUCCACCUGUAUCAUCUUGAUCCUGAGGUUGCAUUUUUAAUAUACCGCCCAGUCAUGAGACUCUUCAAGUGUGAGGGUAGUUUAGAGGUUUUCUGGCCGUUAGACAGCAAUGAAACAGUAACUACUACAAGUGCAAACCUGGAGCCUGAAGCUAGAGAAUAUUCUGGCAGAGUGAUUCUGGAUCUUGGCUCUCUCCAUAAGACUGUAAUGUGGUCAGAUCUUCUUGAGACUGUGAAAACCAUGUUGCCUUCAAAAGCCUGGAAUAGUCUGUCACCUGAUCUCUAUGCCACUUUCUGGGGACUCACACUUUAUGAUCUAUAUGUCCCUAGAAACCGUUACGAGUCUGAAAUUGCCAAGCAGCAAGCUGCUCUUAAAGCUCUGGAAGAGCUUUCUGAUAAUUCUAGUUCAGCAAUUACUAAAAGGAAGAAAGAGAAGGAAAGGAUUCAAGAAUCUCUCGAUCGUCUGACUAGUGAGCUCCAUAAACAUGAAGAAAAUGUUUCUUCUGUUCGUAGACGACUAUCUCGUGAAAAGGACAACUGGCUGACUUCUUGUCCUGAUACUUUGAAAAUCAACAUGGAGUUCCUUCAGCGCUGUAUUUUUCCCCGUUGUACUUUCAGCAUGCCAGAUGCUGUUUAUUGUGCCAUGUUUGUACAUACUCUUCAUUCACUUGGCACACCAUUUUUCAACACUGUAAACCACAUCGAUGUUCUGAUAUGUAAAACACUACAACCUAUGAUAUGCUGCUGUACUGAAUAUGAAGCAGGUAGACUUGGGAGGUUUUUGUAUGAAACACUCAAGAUCGCUUACUACUGGAAGAGUGAUGAAACUAUAUAUGAACGUGAGUGUGGAAAUAUGCCUGGAUUUGCAGUGUAUUAUAGAUUCCCAAAUAGCCAACGGGUUACAUAUGGUCAGUUCAUUAAGGUACACUGGAAAUGGAGUCAGAGAAUGUCUCGGCUAUUGAUUCAGUGUCUGGAAUCAUCUGAGUACAUGGAAAUUCGAAAUGCUCUUAUUUUGUUGACAAAAAUUUCCGGUGUUUUUCCAGUAACUAAAAGGAGUGGUAUUAACCUUGAAAAACGAGUAACUAGAAUCAAAAGUGAUGAAAGGGAGGAUCUCAAGGUUUUGGCUACAGGUGUUGCUGCAGCUUUGGCUGCUAGAAAGCCUUCAUGGGUUACAGAUGAAGAAUUUGGCAUGGGUUAUCUUGACAUAAAGCCUCCAUCUGCUGCAUCAAAGUCUUUAUCUGGAAAUGUAGCAGCAGCACAAAAUAGUUCUGCCCUUAAUGUUUCUCAAGGCGAACCUGCUGAUGGAAGAGCACUUGUAACUGGAAGCCAACAUGGAGAUCCUGGGAAUUCAAACAGAGAUCUGAUAUCCAGAGCAAAACAUGCUGAUGGGAGGUCAGAUAGAACAGAAAAUAUCUCACAUUUGAAAUCUGAUCUAGGACAUCAGAAAUCAAAAGGUGGUUCAUCAACCAAUGGGUCAAAUGCUCAGUCAGCUGUUUCCUCAGCUGUUGUUCCUAUAGGUGCAUCAAGAUCAGCAGAAAAUCAAAAGGGGAUGGAUGACUCCACAAAUAGAACAUUGGAGGAUAGCACUGUCAGAGUUGCUGCAAAGAACUUGGUGGAGUCUGAGUUGAAAGUUUCCACAAAGCGGCCAGUGUCUAAAACACCAAAACAAGAUGUUGUGAAAGAUGACAAUAAAUCUGGAAAAGGUGUUGGCCGAACUCUAUCCUCAUCCACAAGUGACAAAGAAAUCCAGGUUCAUUUAUCAGAGGGAAGACAAGGGGGUGCUUCUAAUGUUUCUUCUGCGCUCACAUCGAAUGGUAAUGCUCUUUCAGUGUCUGAAAAAGUCUCUACUAUGUUUACAAGAACUUCUGAUUCUUAUGGUGUAGAAUCAAAGCCAGAUAGUGGAGGUAACAAACCUAUGCUAAAAGAUGAAGCAACUGAAGUUGCUGAUGUGCAGAAGCCACCUUCUCGACUUGUUCAUUCUCCUAGGCAUGAUAACUCUGUUGCUGCUGCAAAGUCUAGUGAUAAAUUGCAAAAGAGAGCAAGUCCAACUGAAGAACCUGACAGAUUAAGUAAACGGCAAAAAGGGGAUGUCGAAUUGAGAGAUUUAGAGGGUGAAAUUAAAUUCUCUGAAAGAGAGAGGUCCACUGAUACUCGAUCUGCGGAUCUUGAUAAAGUGGGAAAUGAUGAACAGAAUCUAUAUAGGAGCGUAGAUAAACCGUUGGAUAGGUCAAAAGAUAAAGGUAAUGAUAGAUAUGACAGGGACCAUAGGGAAAGAUCAGAGCGUCCUGAUAAAUCCCGUGGAGAUGAUAGUUUAGUUGACAGAUCAAGAGAUAAAUCAAUGGAAAGAUACGGAAGAGAGCUUUCGGUUGAGAGAGGGCAGGAUAGGGUCGCUGAUAGGAGUUUUGAAAGACUAGCUGACAAAGCCAAAGAUGACAGAAGCAAAUUACGGUACAAUGAUACCUCUGCAGAAAAAUCUCAGGUUGAUGAUCGUUUUCAUGGGCAAAACUUGCCUCCGCCACCACCUUUACCUCCUCAUAUGGUUCCCCAAUCAGUUACUUCUGGUAGAAGAGAUGAAGAUGCUGACAGAAGGUUUGGAACUACCAGACAUGUUCAGAGGCUUUCUCCUAGGCAUGAUGAGAAAGAACGAAGACGAUCAGAAGAAAAUUCCUUGGUUUCACAGGAUGAUGGAAAACGAAGAAAAGAGGAUGAUGUUCGUGAGAGAAAGCGAGAAGAGCGAGAGGGGCUGUCAAACAAGGUGGAAGAGAGGGAAAGAGAGAGGGAGAGGGAGAGAGAGAGAGAGAAAACCAACCUUCCGAAGGAGGAAAUGGACUCCAGUGCAACUGCUAAGAGACGAAAACUUAAAAGAGAUCAUCUGCCGACGGGGGAAGCUGGUGAAUAUUCUCCUGUUGCCCCACCACCUCCACCCCUUGGUAUUGGCAUGUCACAUUCAUAUGAUGGUAGGGAGAGGGGAGAUCGGAAGGGGGCCAUGAAUCAGCGUGCAAGUUACUUGGAGGAACCUCUCAUGAGGAUUCAUGGUAAAGAUGUAGUUGUCAAGAUGGGCCGCCGUGACACUGAUCCUAUGUAUGAUCGGGAAUGGGAUGAGGACAAGAGGCAGAGAGCUGAACAAAAGCGGAGGCAUCGCAAGUAAUUGAUGGGUCAUAGCUUGAGAUGUGUUAUCUGAUGGAUUCCUAAAAGGGGUGUGCUUGAUUGUGUGAGUUCCUAUUCUUAUUCUUUCAUUUCUUUCAUCCAUUUAAUUCUACCAGAUUAUAAAUUACAGUGCUAGAUUUUUGCUUGUUCAACAACAGGUCCUGGAAAUGGCAAGUUGGAUUUAUGCCAUUUUUGUAUGCUAUUGUAGAAUCUGAGCUAUGUAGUACAGUGCGAUUGACUAAUUCUCUCCUAAAUUAAGUGUAAAGAUAAAUUUUGAGAUAUAUCUUGCCUCCUA